CACAGAUGAUAAUACUCGAUUUAAUUGACCUUUCACUUGAAUCUCCCUUAAUGCCCUUGCUUAAUUCUAACUAAGCUCCAUAGCCAGGGCUUGUCAUAACCCCGACUGUCCCUUUUUGAAUUCGCCUCUCUGACGCAAGCUUCCCUCGCUCGUCAGCCACAGCCACGUGUUGCUAUACAAUAUUUCUCUCUGACAAACCCCUCAAGGCCACCACUUUUGUGGUUCAUCAAUAUCCAUUCACAGCACAUGCAAUCUUUGAGAAACUCAACUGGUUGCCAGACAUGAAUCUUGCUUUCCUCUCCACGUUGUGUACCACUGACCGCUGACCACUGCAGGUGCUUGCCUCACCUCCAACUUGCACGCCAAGAUCUCGUCUUUUGCCCUCCAUUCUCGCUCAUCAUGUGAACACGCAUCCUUUGCCGCAUUUUCACUUUCAUUGCCCUGUCACUCCUCCACACCUCGUGUCCUACAACCCUCACGAUCCGGCAACUCCCAGAAUUGAUUACCACUACGUCUGCCUACUAAUAUCAUCUCCGCCCUCCUCUCUCUCCUCCCACCAUGGCCCCGCCUGACCUCAAUUCUCUUCCUCCCUCGAGAUCCAUGUCAUCCUCACCGAUGGCUCCCCGAGCCAUGCAAACCGUCACCUCUCCCCCAAACAGACAAGAUACACCUUCUCCCCGUGCCUCCAUCAGUCUUGCUUCCGCCGCCACCCUCAAUGCCGCAAACGAGUCGAGAAGAUCAUCCAUCAGCAAUCGAGGCUCUCCUAGACUCGGCCGUAUGCCGAGCGACCGUCGUCGGUCUCAAGUCGCCAUGAACCUCAAUCUCAACGAUCCUUCCGUCCCUAGUCCGGGCGAGUUGUCCAGCAGUGAUCCCCGAGCCAACAUGUCUGACCGAAUCUCCCACUUUUUCUCCGCCGCCAGCCCUCCUACCAUCGGUGGAAGACCAGCAGUAGCGACCGGCGACCCGCACCAUCAACGACAGCCUAGCCUCGGAGAUGUUCACAAUGCCUUGGAGCAAGAGCAAGAGAUGCAGGUCAACAGGAUGCUACAAUUGAUCAGGGAACAACAAAUGCAAAACGACGCUCUCCGCAACCAACAAGAGCAAUCGUCUCGACGGUCAUCCCAGCAGAAUUCGACCACCCCGGGAAACACGGCAGUCAUUGACGACCUCACUCCGGCCUCAGAGCGCUCCAUAUCUUUCCCUUCCAUCCACCCUGCCGUCCCCGCCGUGCCUCAUUCUCGACGCAUCUCUCUUUCCUACAACCGUUCUAGUGCCAGUCGAUCUCCCAAUCUCCGCACUGCCUAUCCAGUGGGGGACCAGACGUCCUCUACUUUCGACUAUCCCUCUUCACCCAUAGACACCCAAGGGCGAAGAAACAGCUUCCGAGACGAAAGUGCCUUUUAUCAAGCCGAAACCGCCAAUUUGACUCGGGAGAAUCAGAUGCUCCGUAUGAGGAUCCGUGAAUUGGAGAAACAAAUCAGCGACCUGAGCACUGCUCCUGCCAAUACCCCCAUCCACCCCAGCAAUCUUGUCACCAGCCCACCGGUUGAAGCUGACGACGAAGCCAGUGCCGCGGCUGAGAUUGCACGCAUCACUGGAGAAGCCGACAAGGCGUGAUAGGAUGUGACUAGGCAUGAAAUUUCUCACAGGUAUUUCACAUGGCAAGCGUCGUCAGAUUCGGAUCCCAGUGAUAUCUUCAUCUUCAUUUCCAUUCCCUGUAUCAGUAUUAGACAUUUUUUUUCGAUAUUCUGCAUCAACUCUCGGUUCGGACGGCGUUGAGGAAUUUGCAAAUGUCCUUAUGGACUUUACGACACAGGCUGUGUCUCGGAUUUUAUACACACGAACACACACAUAGAUCUUCAUGAUCACACACCUCGGCUUUACGAUGACUGGCUGGCUGAACGGGCAGAACUCCAUGUUUUCUCUCCAAAAGGCACGCAUUAUUAGGAGUUAUGGGUUGAUUGUGCCAUUCGCUGUGUCUCUACUGCAUUGAUUCAAAUAUUCAUUUUCUUCGGGGAGAAUGAAAGAACAACUACUGCCACGUGGUGGGAGUUCCAUUCAAACUCAAGACACUAUGAUAUUAGGUAUCUAUCAGUGACCUCUGUAUCAAUCAAAUUCAUAUCUUUCCAUCCAAGUAA